AUGGCGGUUGGAGGCAAAAAUGAGGGUCCCAUGAAUCCGGUUUUCUUCUUUUCUCACGGUUCGACAAUGAUGCUCGGUGAGGAGAGCAACUCGGCCACCUACUGGAAGAAAUGCGGCGAUGAAGCUCUUGCCCAGGGGAUCGAGCACAUCGUCAUGAUGAACAUGUCGCUCACGCACACUUUCAACCAGGGUGCACACUGGGCUACAAACGCCCCGGGCGAGGUUCUCAUCUCUGCACAUCCAAAGCCCGCCAAAUCGCCCGUCGCCUACGUCAACCCUGAAAAAUACCACCCUUACAAGCUCAAUCCGGACCUCGGCUACAUCCCAACGAUCCAGGCGCACCUCGCCGCCGCCGGCAUUACUUCCAAGACGGACCCGACCUUCGACUGGAUCCACGACACCUACCUUAUCCUCAUCCGCAUGUUCCCGGCCGGUUGCCCGCCCACCACGCUCAUCUCCAUGAACGACUUGUACGACCCACACUUCCACGUUGCCGUCGGCGCCGCACUUCGACCCCUGAGGGCCGCGAAGCACAAGACGCUCUUCAUCGGCUCUGGCGGGGCGGUGCACAACCUCUACCGGAACAACUGGGCGCCUAUGCUCCGCUACCGGGAUAAUUUCGCCCAGCCGAGCCCGCCGGAGCCGUGGGCGCUGGACUUUCGCCAGGAGGUCAUCGAUACCCUGUGCCCGGCCUAUGAGGAGGACGUGCCCGUCGACAUGGCCUUUUACGGCAAGCCCAUCCGCGGUAAGAAGCCUUGCGGCGGGCCGCUCCUGCGGCGAAAGGUGACAAGCCUGAUGAAGCAUCCAAUGUAUCGCGAGGCGCAUGCGACUGAUGAUCAUUUCAUGGCGGCCAUGUUCGUCGGCGGGCUGUGUGGAGGCAGAGGCGACGCGGAUAUGAAGGCCGAAAUGGGCGCCGAGGACUGGGAACUGACCAAUAUGUGCAAUUCGCAGUUCAUCAUCGGCACCUGGUCGGAGGCGCAAUGA